AAACUUUUCUAUUCACUUCUCUCUCAGCUGUGAGCAACAACAGGCCGUCAUGCCAGCAUUGAUGCAAAGUGGGAAACCCUUGUUUUAGCUGAUUGAGUCAAGAGUUCCUUUCUUUCUUUCUUUUUACUACGAUUGCCGUUCAUUGGGUAUUGUCAGGCUGCUGUUUGUGUGCUGAAUGAAAACUUUAUGACAACAUUUAGAAACAUGCAACCCUCUUAGGUGCUGGCUUGCAAGAAUCAAACAUCAAACUCAUAAGUCUCCCAUCUUUUCAAAGUGUUUGUCCAUCACAUCACUUUCUGUCAUAAAUCCCAGGAGAUUAUUAUUUUGGUGUAAACUGAGCGUGAGUGAAUGUUUGCUUGAGAAUAGAAAUGUUUUUUUUCUGUUAGUAUCAUCUCUAUUUCCUGGGACAUGUGUCUUUGAAACAACAUUUAUAUGAGGAAGGAGCUGCCUUGUGAGCAGUCCUCGUGCUGGAAUUACAUAUACCCUGGUGUGCUAAUUUAAAGGGUUAGUUAAACAUUUGCAAUAUGCGCUUUCUUGCCAAGAAUGAAGCAACUAUUUCGAGUCAGUCAAUCACACUUUGCCCACUCACACAUCCAGAAAGACCACACAGACCAGAUUGGAGAGGGAACGUUAACCUGCUGCAGUCUAAAGGAAAUGUGAUCUCUGUGUUGGACAUGGUUGAUGCCUCUCCAUUAUCCUUCUGUAAUAUUAUCCUCAUCUUGAAUAUCUGUGUACAUUUCUUCAACUCAGCACCUCUCUCUUGCACAUGUUUGCAGUUGAUACAGCAAUUUAAUGAAAGAUUUUCAUGAAAGGGAGUCUUAUCGCACACCUAGUUGCCAUUGCGUGAGAGCACAUGGAGAUUUUUAGUAUGUCGUGUGAGGAGGCAUGACCUGCUGACCGCGCUAGGAUGUUCCUCAUAUGCAUUCUCCCCGUGUAACCGAGCUUCGUAAUGAGAGCUCCAUCUGUGGUGGGUGUGAGGGUGUGUUAGUGCUGCGUGUUAUCGCAGCACAUGCAGUGGUGUAUUGAAAACUCUCAAGUACCAAAAGCUGCCAUGCUGGCUGUCUGGCCAGAUUUGUAAUGAACCCCGGUGACAUGAUGCCCAAGAGGGAUCAUGAGAGGGACCUGGAGCUGGACAAGAAGAUCGAGGCUCUCCGCAGGAAGAAUGAGGCGCUCAUGAAGAGGCACAAGGAGGUGGAAGAGGACAGGAAAAGGGCAGAAGAGGAAGGAAUGAUGCUGCUGAGUCGCAAAGGCAAAGCUGAGGAUCUUACCAUCACAAUCAGCAAGUCCGCCAGUGAUAGUCGGGUUGUGGUGACGAAGCUAUUCAGCGGUGGUUCACCAGCUGGGAAAGGACAGCAGGAGUCCGGGCCCGACAAGGGUGGAGAAGGCCCUCCGCAGGGUGCUGGCCGGGGCCACAGGAAGCAGCUAAUAGUCACCAUGGCUGGCAAAAAGGGUAAGAGGGUGGUGAGUGAGAGGCCAGAGAAGAGGCCGGGCCCUGCGGACAUUAAGAGCCCGACAGAUGAUGGACAGGCGAGGCGUGUGGAGUCGACGGGGAGGGCGAAGCAGCCACCUCACAUGACCAAGAGAGACACAGCAGCACAGGAUGAGGACAAACAAGGACAGAAGCACGCUGAGGAGCAUCAAAGGCUUUCAGAGCAAUGCCAGGAGCCUUCGAGCCUGCAGGCCAGCACAGACCUCACCGUCCCCACGUCGAAAGAGGAGCAGGAGGAGUAUGUGAGGUGGAAGAAAGAGCGCGAGCAGAUCGACAGAGAUAGAGUAGCACGUCACAAAAACUCCAAGGGCCAGUGGAGACGGGCGUGGGACAUGGACAAAACUGAAAACAUGUUUUCAGACAAAUCCGUCCCUGACAGAGACUGGGAGCCCUCCAGCAGAGGUGGACGAAAUGCUCGAGGGAGAGGACAGUCCAGGGCAGGUCAAGAGAAGCGAGGCAAAGACAAGGGGGCUAAAAACGUGCUCGUGAUGAGCAGCAAAGCAAAAGGCAUAGAUCGUCUGACUGGGAGAGCCAGGAGAUGGCAGGCAAAUGAAGAUGGAGAAAACCAGUCUUCUGACACGACAUUAGAGGAUUUCUUGGAGGAACUUGACGGCCUCACAGAUGCUGAGGUAGAAGAUCACAGAGAUGAGGACUCGAAAAUGAAGCUGUCGUCAAGCCCAGAUUCACUGAGAACAUCUGAGGAAGCUACCCGGAGAGAGGACGGCCCCCAAGGGGACAUGGCAGAGACCUCGUCCCCUCAAGGUUCGGAGAAGAAAGUACGCUUCUCAAGGGAACUCAUCCAGGGGGCUCACUCAAAUCAACCCACAGGCUCUCAGGACGCUGCCAGCUCAGAAUCAAGAAGUGCGGAGACCUUGAAAGCUUCCUCACCUAAAAAACAACAAAACCAAGUGCAGGUGCCAAAGCAGCCUCUUGAAAGUGCCAAGCAGGACGAGGAUCAGGAAGGUUGUCCGUCUGCUCCUCCUGUUGUCCAGCUGCAGGCUUCUGAAACUGAAUGUAGUAAUAAAGACAGCACCCCCAGCACAGCUCCCAGCUCCCCCUCUACUGAAAAAGCCUGUGCCUCUCGACAGGAGACCUCUGUCCAGCCUGUAGAGCUGGCCAAGUGCAACAUCAGCAACACAAACACAGAGGAACUAAUAGACUCCGGCCUGUCUGUCCUGAGUCUGGAGUCAGGAGAAACACACCCAACACACUCCACCAGCAGCGACAAGGCGAGAGAGCACGGGAAGAUUGUUUGACAUUUUCGGGAUGUAAAUACUGAAACCAAAUCACAGCGACACGGAGCCUUUGCCUCUUUUUAUUUGCAUUCUGCUUCAGGUAGCUCAUUUGAGAUACUCUGUUUAUGGCUUACACACAGAACCAUGGUUUCAUUUAGCUGUGACGCGUCCCACCCGGGGAAGUUUUCAAAUUGUCAAAAGAUUUGAUGAACGUUUUUCUUGCUCAAAUAUUUUUUACAUCCAAGCACUUUAUGAGUAUUAAAGUAUGUGUACUGACACAUUAUUCAGCAUGUUAGUACGCUGCUUCAGUGCAAUAUCAUUGAAUGUUUACAUUUGUAUGAAAAUGUCAAGGUACAUAUCAGGAGGCUAGCUAAUCAGUUACACUUAGAUAGCCCUUGAAUAUAAACAUCAGCCACAGUCUAAUUAUCUUGUGCCUGAUUCUGCCUUAGAGGUAUUUUCAAUAAGUGAAUUAAUGUCUGUAUUACAUAUUGAUACAGAAGUGUCCGACCUACAGUAGAGUCUGUAUUUCUACACUCAGAUAUUGUUUAUUAACUGCUUCCAGCUUCAGUCGACUUCUUUCACCAAUCAGAAAUCAAUACACUGUUAAAUGGCGCAUCUGAGGCCACUGACCAAGACAUUGUGACGUUUGUAAAACAUUACUACUGACAUAAAUGCUUUUGUUGUUAAAAACAUUUAAAGGGGCAGUCCAUCGAUUAUACACAUGAAGCUCAGUUUACUCUUCACGCUCAGCGCUACUCACCUGGUUAAAACAGUCGUAUAAGGUUUUAUGUGGCUCUUAUCAAGUUGGGCAAAAUAAAACUGAUGAUGUCAUAGUGAUGCCAUCAAGGUUAUCUCAAUAAGAAAUCACAAAUGUAUAACAGGAAGCCUACGUUAAAAAUAAUGGAGGUGGUGUUUUCCAGGCAAAGAUGAUCUAACAAAGAAAUGCUAUGUUGGAUUAUGAGAGCUUGAACCAUCCUAGGGACUAAAAGUCAGGAUAUCUCGGACUCUGCUUCACAUAUUUAGACUCUUCGGUUUUCAAUCUGUGUCUCCAAAGUCUUUAUAUAAAUACAUAUCAGAGUCACUGGAGUAACCCUUUAAUGUUAAACUAAACGUCAGCUACAGUAAUAGCAAAAUCCACAUUACUGCCCUAAAACUAUGUGGCUUGACGGAUAAUCAAUAGCCGUGUCUCAAUUCACAUAUUUUUAAGCACAUUCUGAAGUAUCGCAUUAGAAAAGCUGUAUGAAAACGGGAAAAUUGGAUAAAACUUUCUCAAUUGUGAAAAGGUUUUAAGCUCGCUUGAGAUGUUUUUUGCCUUUGUCGAGUUGAUACGCUAAAUGGAUUGUGGAAACACCUUUGCCGAAUAAAUUCAGAUGUCGUGAACAUUUAACUCACAUCUGAUCAGCUGUUUUCCUGGAUAUUCCCAUAAAAUGCGAAUGCUUGUCUUCGUCUCCCGACAACAUGAAACUUGGCCGACAUGAAAGAAAAAUUAAAAAGGGAGACUUGUUUUGGAUUUGCAACCUUUACUUUACUCCUCUGUUUACUGGCAGAUUACAGCCAAUGUGUAUAGCGCCAACUUCUGACUAAACUAGCUGUAGCCUUGUUUAUUUGUUCAAACCAGUUGAUGGAAACGCGCCUAAUUCACAUAAUCUUUUUUGCAACAUUUCAAAAUUUUAAAUUUGCUUGACACGACCAAUUACACCGUGGAACUUAAAUCUCAAACUUGCUCUUCAACACAUUGUUUUACAGCUGAAUCCCAAUUACCUGGACUUCUUAUGUUUCUCCUUAACAUGGAAUUGUAAUGUAUGUUUGUAAUUUGACAUGAAAAUCAACCAUUUGUGAAUCAAAAACCCGUUUUAAACUGUUUUUAAACAACCAGUGUUAAACGUACAUAACACCCUCCAAACCUUUUUCUACGUUGAAGCUUUUGGCCCCUGUGGGACCGACAGAGGUUCAGCCUUCAGUCCACAGUCAAAACACAAUCACAGUCAAUUCAGCUGCAAUUCCUUUUUGGCAUUGCUUUGUAAUGUGUCUUUUAUAAUCAUGAAAGACAACUAAUAUUUUUGAAAAGCUGAAGAAGCUUCAAGAAUCUAGCCAGAUGUUGUGCCUUGCAUAUUGGCUUCUUCAAAUAUUGAAGGUGUACCUUAAUUUCUUGUACCAUAACAUGCAGUAGUGUUAAAUAAUGUACUAGCAUCAGCAUUGGUUUUUAUUUAUUUGCCUCUCAGUUUAACUAGAAUGUUUUUACAAAUCUAAAACUGUUUUAAACAAUGUCCAUGUGCAUUAUAGUAGCUGUUUGUUUUUCUCUGUGACAUGUAUGGAUUUGUUUUUAUUUAUUGCCAGUCUAUGGUUUUAUUUUUGGUAUCAAGUGAGAACUAUAAUAAGAAGCCUUACAAGAACUCUGUCCUCAAAUACAUUUUUGGCUUUCGUCAGUGCUACAGUAGAGUACAGUUAUGUAACCGUAAGUAGAGAACAUAGUGGACAUGCUCUAUGGAGUCAGCUUCAGCUGUGGUUACAUCAAAUACAAAUCAUCAGGAUUCUAGUACACUGGGAAAACCAAGAAGCGAGUCAAAAAGUUUGAGGCCAGUCGAACCAUCAAGAAAGCAAAGUGUGCUGUUUUUGAGUAGGGGCCUUAUUCUAUAUUAUAUAUGGAAUUUGAAUAGAUUGUAAAAGAAACAUCUGUUUAAAAAACAGGUCAGACAGAUCACCUCUGAAAUAUUUUUUAAUUCCCUGUGGGAUUCAGUUUAGUGAAAUCAAGUUUAGGACCUACAACCAUAGAACAGUUGUGCAUUUGUCAUUGUUUAGCAUUUAGUCAUGAGACAUCUGCAUUGUCACCUCGCUUAAAUGUCAAAUUUACGAGGUGGCUCCGAUUGUCUUACUCCACCUAGGGUGUCUUCUGCUGUCCUCCAUGUUUUCACAUACACUCAUAAGGAAGGAAACAAUUGUGAGUGCCUGUGUAUGAGUGUGUGUGUGAUCCCUGCUAAUUUAAAUCUGUGUGCAACAUAGCUUAAUUUACUGUAGAUCUGUUUGGAUGGAGGCAUACAGAACAUCAAUAAAGUUUUUCUGUAUUUCAAACUCUCAAA